GGAGGGGAGGCUGCUUGUGUGUGCUUCCUGUGAGGUGAAAACCUGGAGAGUGGUGUGGCGCUUCUUUUGUGCGUGUGCUCCUGAUGUAUCCCCUCAGUGGCCGCGUCUGCGGCCUGGGAGAAGCUGGGCAUCGAGGUCCUCUCUGCAUCCGGGUCCUCUCUAGCUGGGCUCUGUCUGAGGCGGGGCUACCCUACGCGGACCCAUAUCAGCAGCUUACGGAGCCCCGGGAGAGUCUGGCUUCCCAGGAGAACCUGGCAGAGGUGCUGUGAUGACAAAUGGCCAGUGUCCUGAAUCCUUAAGUGCUUGCUUCCCAGAGCCCUGCCUUGUCUCAAAGAGAAGAGAACAAUGACCAAGUUACAGGAGGCAGUGACAUUCAGGGACGUGGCCGUGGUCUUCAGUGAGGAGGAGCUGAGGCUACUGGAUGCUGCCCAGAGGAAGCUGUACCAUGAUGUGAUGCUGGAGACCUUGAGGAACCUCCUGGCAGUGGGAUGCCAGAGUCCAAAUAAGAUGUCGCCUCUCGACCCAACAGGAAUAAGGUGCCUUUCACUAGGGUGGCUUCCAUGCUGGAAAAUGACAGGCCAUGAUGUCAGCAAACUGGCCAGAGCUCCAGAAGACAUAAUACACACUCAAGGAAAGAGUUCUCACUUCCUGGAGCAAUGCCACUCCACCUGCCAUUGGGGAGCAGAAGAGCCUUCUCAGGCCUCCAAGAAUGAUGGCUGUCUGGAGAGUCUCACAAGCGGUCAUUCCAGCAUUAGUGUACAUCAGAAAUUUCUGUCUGGGAGAAAUCAGAGUUCUUGGAGUAAAACUCAUCUUAAUGAGAGAUGGAACCAUGGGAAACUCCGUCUCCAGACUCCAAUGAAAUCUAAGCCAGAGCUGUUGGCUCCAGGUGUUAACACUCUGGGUUGCAUUUCCCACCACAAUAACAGUAUACCACAUAAAGGAGACAAAACCCACAGCAGCAGUGACUGUGAUGACGUCAUCCUUCCCGUGACACUCCUCACUCAGCAUUGUGUUUACACAGAUCAGAAGGCCUACCUUCUGGGCCAAGGGCCCAGCAAGGGCCAAGAAGCCUUCAGUGACAGCCCCAGUCUGGAACUUUAUCAACAGAGCGUCUUAGGAAAGAAGUCUUCUGUAUGUAGUCCUCACAAGGACACCGGGCAUAGCUUCAGUAUUCCCACUCAACAAAGCACUCAUCCAGGAAAAAAAAGCUACUGGUGUCAAGAGUGUGGCAAAGGCUUCAGUCACAGCUCAACUCUUCAGACUCACCAGAGAGUGCACACGGGGGAGAAGCCCUACCAGUGUGACAGCUGUGGGAAGGGCUUCAGCCGCAGCUCUGACCUCAGCAUCCACCGCCGAGUUCACACAGGAGAGAAACCUUACAAGUGUGAAGUGUGUGGGAAAGGCUUCACGCAGUGGGCACACCUCCAGGCCCACGGGAGAAUUCACACAGGAGAGAAGCCAUAUAAGUGUGGAGACUGUGGCAAACGCUUCAGCUGUAGCUCGAACCUUCACACCCACCAGAGAGUCCACACUGAGGAGAAACCAUACAAGUGUGACGAGUGUGGGAAAUGCUUCAGCUUAAGUGGCAACCUAGACAUCCAUCAGCGGGUCCACACAGGAGAGAAGCCAUAUAAAUGUGAAGAGUGUGGGAAGGGUUUCAGUUCAGCCUCAAGCUUCCAAAGCCACCAGCGGGUCCAUACAGGGGAGAAGCCCUUUCGCUGUGAUGUGUGUGGGAAGGGCUUCAGUCGGAGCUCUCAUUUUCUAGAUCACCAGAGAAUUCACACUGGGGAAAAACCAUACAGAUGUGAUGUGUGUGGGAAGCGCUUCCCCUGGAGCUUGAGCCUCCAUAGUCACCAGAGUGUCCACACAGGAGAGAAACCAUAUAAGUGUGAGGAGUGUGGGAAAGGCUUCAGUCAUGCCUCAAGUCUGCAGGCCCAUCACAGUGUCCACACUGGUGAAAAACCAUUCAAAUGCAAUGCAUGCCAGAAGCAGUUCAGCAAGGCCUCAAACCUCCAGGCCCACCAGCGGGUUCACACUGGGGAGAAGCCCUACAAAUGUGACACGUGUGGGAAAGCCUUCAGCCAGAGGUCCAGUCUCCAAGUCCAUCAGAGAAUUCACACUGGGGAGAAGCCAUUCAAAUGUGAGGAGUGUGGGAAGGAAUUCAGAUGGAGUGUGGGGCUUACUGCUCACCAGAGGGUCCACACGGGAAAGAAACCCUACACGUGUCAGCAGUGUGGGAAAAGUUUCAGUCAGGCCUCGUAUUUCCAUAUGCACCAGAGGGUCCACACUGGAUAGAGACCCUAAAUCUGCAGCAUCUGCUGUAAGGGCUUCAGUCAGAGAUCACAUCUGGUCUUCCACCAGAGGGUCCACAGUGCAGGGAAUCUUUAGUUUCUGCUAUCAGGUGGGCUCUAUGUUGCUGAUUGUUAAAAGUGCCCCCAAAACACAGGCUUCAGGAGACUACAUAUGGUCUUUAUUUUGGUAUUUUGCCCUUAAUUUAUUCACCUACUGUACUCACUAUGCAAAGGGAAGGUAGUGUUUUCAAAUGGAUUUUCUUAGCAUACAAAUAAAGAAUUUUUAAAAAGUAUCUAGAA